GCAAAUCAUCAUGCAAACGUUUGAUCUUCAGUAAGAGAUGUGGUUGUUGACUUUCCGUUACAAUCCUGCAUUGUAUCCACUGACCUUAUUAGACAUUAAUGUACUUGUAUGAAGUGUGGCCAUGUUACUGGCCGAGCACGCAAGGACCCCCCCCCCCCCAAAAAAAAGUCACGACGACCUCCAGAGUCCGGUUUACUACACAUGAUAAGGCGGCAUUUCCUCCAGUUGAUACUCCUCCAGUUGAUACUCCUCCAGUUGAUACUCCUCCAGUUGAUACUCCUCCAUUGAUACUCCUCCAGUUGAUACUCCUCCAGUUGAUACUCCUCCAGUUGAUAUUCCUCCAGUCUUCUCCUUGCUCCCCUCGCGACCCCCUCAGCCACCCACCUGUUCUUCUUCUUAUCGAUGGCCUUUGCAGCAGCGAUCAUGACCAAAAGCCAGGCGAUACCCAGGAUGAUCUGAAGAGCCGCAAAAAAUCAAAGAGAGUGUUGAAUGUGGGAUCCCACGUCGAUUCCCGUGCCGAAACGUGAAGUAAGACGCUGAAGCUGCUACAUAUAACCCACAUGGGGAAGGCGAGGAUCGACACGCACAGGACGUGGAUGCGUUCGGGCGCUUGCAGUAAGUCUGCCUCGGCGCGCUGCC